AUGAAAGUAGAAUCAAAAGAGAGUCCUUUCGAAAACGGCAUUCGUUGUGUUUUGCAAGAUCUUGAUAAAAUAUUUAUCAAUGUUCAAGAUCAAGAGGCGGCCAAGUCAAUUCAAGAACGCCUUAAAGUCAUGACUGAAAAGUACAAGAAGAACAUCCUGUUUGAAUUGCUUCAAAAGAAGCUAUUUUACAUGGGAGUUUAUCAUCAUCAAGAGGUUUCUGUAAACUUGUUUAACCUAAAGAAAAGUAAUAUUGAAAAGAUGGUCACUAACUUUAGAAAGAAUGGUGUGGAAGGGGUCAUAACUAACUUGAUUUCUCAACUUUAUAUCAAAUUAGAGGAAAAUACAUUUGGAAAUUUGAUCAGAAAGGUUAUUGGGUUUUUAGGUACCACAAUUUAUGAUGGAAAUGAACAGGCAAUAAUUAUUAAAAUCAUUAGAGAGAAAGUUCAUUUGGAAAUAUUUGAAGAUGAAGAAGAAGAUUAUGUUGAAUUUAAGAGAGUUGUACAAAGAAAAAAGCUUGAAAAAUCCAUGAUCAUAUUUGAUGAUUCACAAAAGGAAAUUUAUUGGACCAAAGAAUCUUUUGAAGAGUUUGUCCAACAAGUCAAAAAGUAUCAACAGCAUGAAUGUCUUGCCUUGUCAGUUGAGUUAAUUGGAAAAAUCAGAGAAAAGCAAACAAACCUUAUUAUUGAUGUCAACUCUAUUUAUCAAGAAGAUUUGGAAGCUAUCCCCCUUAAUGUAAGAAGAAAGAUUGAAAAGAUGCAGAGUGAAAUUGGUUCAGCUAGAUCACUUUUUUCACAAGGAUUCAACACUAAUUUAUUCCAUUUCAUUUUGGAAUUUAUUCAAAAUGCUGAUGAUAGUGAAUAUCUACAAGGUGGUAUUUUAGAAUUUGAUUUUGAUGAGAGUAGAAAGGUUUUGAAAAUCAAGAGUAAUGAAUGUGGAUUUACCUAUGAUAAUUUAUACUCUCUAUCUGGUAUUGCUGACUCUGAUAAGGUUUCCAAAAAAUUAGAAACACUAGCAAUUGGAGAGAAAGGAAUUGGUUUUAAAACUAUUUUUUCAGUCUGUAAAAAAGUUCAUUUGGUAUCAAAUGGAUUUGAUGUUUUUCUAACCUCAACAGACUUGACAAAAAAAGAAAACCAAGAAUUCAACCUCUCUGAUGGUACUUUAUACGAAAUUGAAAUUGAAAAAUUUGAUCAUUCAAUAUUUGACAAGUACACUCUUCUCACAUUGAAGAAUAUCAAGACAAUUAUUUUCAAAGAUGGAUUGAAUACCACCAAGUACUCAUUGACAUGCAAGGAUAAUGAAUAUUUACUUUCUACUACAUUCAAGUCAAAAACAACCACAGAAAAAUUCUAUGGUUUCUCAAUUGAGAAUGGUAUUAAUAUGAAGAACAUAUUGUGUGAAAAAAGACCAAACUUUCAUAGAGCUGAUCUUAUGGUAUUUUUUCCAGAAGAAUGGAAAGUAGAUAAAAGGUACAAACUACACUCAUUUCUACCUGUUAAAGAAGAUUACAAUCUCCCACUUUUGAUACAAUCAGAUUUUAUUUUGAGUCAAAAUAGAGAAGCACUGCUUGAAUCUUCAGAUUGGAACAUUUCUAUUAUUGAUCAUAUUCCUCAAUUGUUAGUUAAGGCAUUCAAUACCAUGAAAAACAUUAAUAAUUGGAAGUAUGAUUUUUUCAAAGUUUUACAAGUUGAAUCUAAAUUACAUUUCAGCAAUGUACAAUUUAAAACAAUUAAUCUAUUACAAAAUAUUGAUUGUAUUCCUUUAUUGGGAGGUCAAACUAAAUAUUUUGAAAAACCCUCCAAUAUUAUAUUAAUGGGUAAUUCACCUAUCAAUCCUUAUGAAGCAUUUGGAAUUGAAACAACUUUUAUUAUUUUAAACAAGGAAUGUAUUGACACGAAAUUUGAAAAUGAAAAGCUAAUGUUCAAACAAUGGGAUAAACUUUUUACAAAGUUUGAGAAACAACAUGUUGUUAAUCUAGCUAAAAACCUUCCAUACAAUUUGAAAUUUGAUAAGAUUGUACAAUUAUACAAAUUAUUUAAACACUUUAAUAUUGGUGUCAAGUCUUUGGAUUUUGAAAUUGUACCAACAAGACUUCAGAAACUUGUAAAACCAUCCGAAAACAUUUUGGAUUGCGAUUUAUCUAAAAGCAGUCUUUUACUUCUUGAAAAAGCUUCCAAUCACUGUCUUGAUACAUCCUUAAAAGAUUACAAACACUUAAUAUCUACCACUCAACAUAUCCAAAAUCUACAUGUAUUAUCAAACGAAGAAUUGUUUGUUCUCUUUCAUGAAAGAAAGACAUUAGUAAGCCCAAUUUGCUUGACACGAGAUGGAGAGUGGCUGCACCCAAAUCAAUGUUAUAUCCAUUCAAAACAUACAUCAUAUUUGGAAAAAGCCAAGUUUGUAGAUUUGGAAAGUCUUGUACAAAUAUUAUACAAGCAAAAGCAUGAAAUAUACAGCACUGACAACAUAUCGAAUAUUUUGAUAGAGUUGGGAACAAAAACAGUUCCCACUCUUUUUAGACAGCAAUCAUAUUCGUAUAAUUAUGAAGAAACAUUAGAAUUUAAGGAGCUCAGAAAACAAUACCAAACUUUAGAGAGCUUGAUAGAAUAUUUCGACAAUAAUUUUUCAUUAUUCCAGAACCAAAUCAAUGGUAUUCACAAUUUCUUGAACAAGAAUAUUCAAAAUCUUUAUGAUCCCGAUCUACGUAAGAUUUUCAGUGAUACCAUUGAUUAUUUACCUUAUAUCAAGAACGCCAAGUUGAAAGAAGGAUUGAGAGCAAAAAAAGAAGAUCUACAAGCUUACCAAAAUUUAAUCAUGAAAACAAAAAGUGUGUCAUCUAUUGUACAUGGUUUAAAAUCACAAUUUUCCACACACAUUCAAAAGUUACUCAAAACACAACCACUACUAAUAACCACAAAUGGUGAAUUCGUUGUUUUAGAUAACAAUCUAUUCUACUCCAUGGAUGCAAAGCUUCAAAAGUACAGACCUGAGUGGAAAGAAAUACACAACAGCUACAAAUAUGGUGAGAUUAACUCCAUCCUCAAUACCCUUUCCACAAGUCAUUAUGAAACUAUUUUGCUUGAUGAAAAUCCAACAAAAAGCGACCAACAAUAUUUCAUAGAAGCUAUUAUCAAUACACGAAGGAGUUCUACUUCAACAGCCAUUGUUUCUUUAAGUGGAAUUUAUGUAACUGCUAACAAUGACAAGAAGAUACCGCUUUCCAAAAUGUAUUGGGAUCUUUCAAUGCGAGAAGUAUUCCCUAUUGAAGUUAACGAAUUACUUUUAUAUAAUUACUUUCCUAAUAGUACUAUUAUUAAGAAUGUAAUUCAAUCAAAUGAUAUCAAAACACUUCCAGAUCUUUGUCAAAUCCUCAAGACGCACUUGAACAGUAUUGUAGUGAACGACAUUUCAAAAUUAAGCAACAAAGAACUAUCCCAAUUAGAAGUGCUUGUUUCUGAAGGUUUUAGUUUUUCACUUCCAUCUUCCAUGAUUUGGGAUUUAUUAGAGUUGAAAGAUAUUCCAUUCUUUAGGGAACUUGAUCUAUCCAGGAGGUUUGGUAAAUUGUCAAAUCUUGUGAAAUACAAAGACAAUAACAAGGAAAGAGUUGUACCUGAGGAGAAGAUUAGAGAAUUCCUCUUGUCUGAUAAUAUCACCGAUGAUCAAUUUCUUAAUGUUUGGAAAUAUUGUAAGAGAACUUGUUACAAACAGAAAAUGCUCAAGUUUAUUUAUGAUAAUGGGUUGAUUGUUUGCCACAAUAGAAAACACAAGAAAACAGAAUUAUUCAAGAUACUGAGCCCUGAAUUAAUGGUUGAUUUUCCUGCUUUGAAUUUAUUACAAGUCGAUAAUAAGUAUAAUGAUUUUGAUAUUUCUCAAGAAAUUCCAUUCCACAUUAUUUGUAAAGAAAUUGAAAAGCUCGAGAAGGAUACUGAUAAUGCUGACAACAAAUGUUUAGUUUUAUACAAAGAGAUCAAUCGCCAAAUCAAGAAUGAUAGACUUGACAGAGCCUUUUGUAAUAACUACAAGAUCUUUAGAAGUGAUAAGGGAAUACAUUUUUCAGAAGCAAUUUAUUAUUGUGAUAAUGAGGAAAGUUACAAACAAUUACAAAAUGUUGUUGAUUGUUUAUUUGUUAGAAAUGUAACAGAAUUAUCACACUUUCUCCAAUUUUUUAAAAUUAAACCAUUGAGUGAUACGAUUUCUUACAAGCAUCCAAAGACUACACCAUCCACUACAGAUUGUGAUAAUAUUUUGAAGAAAUUUAAGGUAAUGGUUCAAAAUAUCAAUAAGUAUCUAUCUCGUCAAGGUUUCACUCCAAAAGAAAUGGAUCUUCAAAUAGUUCAAAGCUUGUCAGUCACAGCAAUUAUAGGAAAUGGAAAUUCAUGUGAAAUAUCCAGAGAUAUCCAUUCAGAUAUUGAAAAUGAAGUAAUCUAUGUUAUGGAAACAAACUUUGAAAAAGCUAUUUUCCAAGACAAACGAUUCAUUGAUUCCUUCCUACUUUUCUAUCCUCAACUCGCAGAGCAUUUGCAUCAUGUUUUAAAGUUGUUGAUUGUUUCUCAUGGUACUACACAAGAUGACACUAUUGAUGUUGUAAUGUCUCUCAUCCUUUCUUAA